CAAGCAAGCACACACAUGCAGAUUUGGUAAUAAUGCUAUACACGUGCAGAGGCAGAUGCCGACAUCAAAGUUGUUGAUGACAAAGUAGCUUUUGGUAAUCAAGAAUUGGCUCCCACUGGACUGGCUCCCACAGAUAUUUAGAUCAUGGGGUCCGGUACUUUGCAAUCUGUAGAAAAUGUAGCACUGAAAGCUGCUUUUCUUUUAGCUAUGUUUGUGCAAACCUGCAACGGUGGGAAUAUCUUAGUCUUCCCCGUGGACGGCAGCCACUGGGUCAACAUGAAAAUUCUGAUGGAGGAGCUGCACGCCAAGGGUCACAGCAUGACCCUCAUCCGUCCGUCCACGAGCUGGUACAUUCCGGAGACAUCUCCCCUCUGCACCGUCAUCACCGUCCCGGACGAGAUCCGAUUUGAUGAUUUUUUUGAUGUCUACUUAAAGAGGCAAAUAGAAUUUCUGAAGGGGGAGGCGUCUGUGCUGAAAUUCCUCAGCAUUCAGUGGGAGUUCUUUGAUAUGCUGUCGAAUGCCCACCACCUCCUUUGCAACUUGCUGUCACGAAUGAUCGACGACAGAGAGCUCAUUCAACGACUGCAGAACGAAAAAUUCGACCUCGUCCUCACUGAUCCGGCCAUCUCUGCAGGGGUCAUGCUAGCCCACUACCUCAAGCUUCCCCUCGUACUGAACGCGCGCUGGAUCUGUAGCGGCGAGGGUCAUUUCGCCAUCGCUCCCUCCCCUCUGUCCUACAUCCCUGUUCCUGGAUCAGGCAACUCUGACGACAUGACUUUUUCCCAAAGGGUGAAGAACGUCUUCUUUUACGGCAUAAUGCUGAUUCAGGACAUGUAUGUAGUGAGACCACAUUAUAAAGAGCUAUGCCAUAAGCAUUUUGAUGAAGAUUGCGAUGUUCUCGCCUACACUCAGGAGGCUGACAUCUGGCUGAUGAGGCUGGACUUUGUCUUUGACUUUCCCCGGCCCACCAUGCCCAAUGUGGUCUACAUGGGGGGGUUCCAGUGCAAGCCAUCCAAAGCCCUCCCAGAUGACCUGGAGGCUUUCGUUCAGAGCGCAGGGGAACAUGGGUUUGUUAUCAUGUCCCUGGGGACUUUGGUCAAAGGACUCCCCAGUGAGAUGGCCGACGAGAUAGCGGCCGCAUUCGCAAAACUGCCGCAAAAGGUCAUCUGGAGGCAUCUGGGCGAAAGGCCAUCGACGCUGGGCAACAACACCAUGCUGGUGCAGUGGAUGCCCCAGAACGACCUCCUGGGCCACUCCCAGAUCAAGGCCUUUGUCGCCCACGGGGGCACGAACGGAGUUCAGGAGGCCAUCUACCACGGCGUGCCUGUCCUCGGCGUCCCGCUGUUUUUCGACCAGUUCGACAACCUGCUGCGCGUGAGGGAGAGGGGCGGUGGGCUGAUCCUGGACCUGUCCGAACUGAACCAGCACACCUUCCACGCGAGCUUGCAGGAGAUCACACAGAACCCCAGCUACAGGGAGAACAUGCAGAGGCUGUCCCGACUCCACAGGGACCAGCCCAUGGGCCCGCUGGACCAGGCCGUGUUCUGGAUCGAGUUCGUCAUGAGGAACAAGGGAGCCGCCCAUCUACGCACUGACUCCUACAAGAUGCCCUGGUACGCCUACCACUCAGUAGAUGUCAUCGUGACGCUGCUGUCUUUGUUUGGGCUCCUUGUGCUGACUACUGUAGCAACUAUUAGAUAUCUGUGUUGCAGACUGUGCUGCAGAAAGAAAAUAAAGCGCGAGUGACCUGAUUGAAAUGAAUUAAAUUUAUUGCCACAUUAAA